AGGCUGAGCCAGCCAUGCUCGGCAGAAAGGCAGCAGCAGCAGCAGCAGGAGGAGGAAGAGGUCUCUCUGCUUCUGUGGGUGGCAGCAGGCGACCCUUCUCUUCUCCGCUGUCUCCCCUUAACUUCCCUCCCUUUCCCUUCUGCCGUGAUUCAGGUACUUGGAGGAGGAGGAGGGGAAUAGAGAGGGGGAUCCCUGGCUUGCCCACUCCUGAAUGCCUCCCUAACGGAAAGUUAUAAUUAAAAAGGGUCUUGACCAAAACUUGCUGAAUUUUUGAAUAUGGAGCAAAACCCACUUGUAAAGCGACUGUAUGUUGGAGGACUUGGCCAUACAGUUUCAGAAGCUGAGCUGCAAGAAAGAUUUGGCAAGUUUGGAAAUGUUACAGAAACAGAAAUUGUGACCCGGAAAGAUGAAGAAGGAAAACCUACAAAAACAUUUGCAUAUAUCAACAUCACAAUUUCUGAAAAAGAACUUAAAAAAUGUAUAUCUGUUCUAAAUAAGACAAAGUGGAAGGGAGGAACUCUGCAAAUAGAAUUAGCCAAAGAGAGCUUUUUGCACAGACUAGCACAGGAGCGUCAAGAAGCAAAUAAAAAGAAAGAAAAGCCAGCUGAUAAUGCUAUGAUAAAUGUCCUAGAAUCCUGGAAAAAAUCUGGAGUUGUCGAUUUCCAUGUGAAAGCAGUUCCAGGAACAGAAGUACCAAAUCAUAAGGACUGGGUUGUUAGCAAAUUUGGCAGAGUCUUACCCAUCCUCAACCUGAAAGAUCAACACAAAAACAAAAUAAUCAAAUAUGACCCCUCAAAAUAUUGCCACAAUCUUAAAAAACUGGAUCAAGACCACACUGAAACUGUUCCUGUUGCCCAGCUCACUUGGCAUUUGGAGGAAGGUGAUGAAACCAUAAGUAAAAAACGGCAAGGACAGUUUCCUGUAACUAAGAAACCACCUAAAAAGAAAAUGAGAGUUCAGGAUAUUGACAGUUUAAACAGGAAUGAAUUGAAUUCAUCUCAUCAGUUUUCAUCACAUGCAACAAAUGCGGUUCAAACAAAGCUGGUUCAAAACUACAUGUCAGUUACCAAAAAGCAAUGCAAAGAACACAGUGGGAAUCAAAAGCCUAUAACUGGUUUAACGUCUUGCAGAAAUUCAAAUAGAUUAUCUGAAAGUGAUAAGGAUUCAGAAGAUGAAAUCAGAACCAUUAUAGCAAGAGAGAGCGUACACAAUGCUGACACUAAUGAUGAAUCCGAAGAUAAUGUGGAAAUUGUCGGAGAUAACUUUGAGUUGAAAUAUAGCACCCAUUGGUCUUUACAGAGAGCACAUAAUUCCAAGAAAGUACACAAAACAUGCAACAAAGCACUGAGGACUAGUGAAAAGGAAUCUGAUUAUGAUUCAGCUGACACAGAUGAAAUUAUAGCAGUGACUAAAACACCAAAUAAAAAGGAGAAGAGUGAAACUUUGAAUGGAUCUAAGGCAGUAAAACAGGGAAAGGAUAGAGGGCCUAAGGGUGGUAUAUUGAUACAUGCUAUGACUUCUGAAUCUUCAGAUUCAAAGGCAUUAAUAUUGAAUAUGCCUAAAACAAGGGAAAGAGCUAUGCCUAAAAAAAUACCAGACAAAAAGGCUGAUCUUGAAAAGAACAGCAUCACUAGUAGAUGUAAAUCAGAGUGUGAUGAAAGUUCUUCAUGUCUUGACACAAGCGGGUCUGAAGGGGAUGAAGAUUAUAAAAGUAUGGUGCAGAACUCUUACCGAUUAGAUCUUACAUUAGAAGAAUUAGGAAGAUUAGCUGGUGAACAUAGGGCGAGUACAGAGGAAGAAACUGAAAGUAACCAAAGUGACACUCAGUCUAAAACCAGAGUUUUUCCAGAUAAUACCACUAGCAGUAUUCCAAAGACAUCUAUAGUUACCCCUUCAAUAAAAAACUGUAUUUGUCCUGAAGACAUUCUUUCUGCCAUAUUAGAAGGAGAGAGUUCUGAUGAAGAUAAUCAAAAAAGGAAAAAGGGAAAUAUAAAUGUUCGGCCUUUUAGAGGAAUAGGGUCGCUGAUGAAGGGCGGGUUAGAUAUACAUGGAAGUGAAGGCAACAGGGCUUCUUCAGGUUCCCUUGAUGUGAAAACUCUCAAUUGUGAUUCAAAACCAUCACAUUCUGUAAACGAUUCUGACUCUCACCAGAUAAACCAUAAAGUAAAUUCUGUGGACAAUUCUGAGAGCAGCACAUCCAGUGCAGAAGACAGUGAAACAGAAAGUGGUGAGACUACCAUAUCUGAAAGUGAGCAUUUAGAAAGUCUAACAUCUGUUUCAGAGAAAAGAAAGAAAGAUGCUAGCAUUACAGGUUCCAGUCUGACACGGGAUAAGAACUUAAAUAGUCCUUUCAGAAGUGAAGAGGCAUUUCUGGCUUCCAUCAAAGGUAGAAGCAAGGUGGAUGAAAAGGAGAAACGGCUGCAGGAUAAUGCAAAAAGAUUGACAGCGCUGCAGGAGAGGCAAAAAGAACGAGAACAGCAGAAAAAAAUGAUUCAAGGAGCUCUAACCAAUCUGGAAUUUCAGUCAACAAAUAAACCAAAACAUAUAGUAUUUGAUUCAGAUAAUGAAAAUGAAGCUGAAGUACAAGAGGUCAUUAAAGAAGGAUCUUCAGGAAAUUUGGGAAAAGAAUUCACCACUAAGACCUCUGGAAAAUUGUUUGAAAGCAGUGAAGAUGAAUCAGAUACAUCAGAUGAAGAAGAGGGCAGGUUCAAAAUCAAACCUCAGUUUGAGGGUAAAGCUGGUGAGAAGCUUAUGCAUUUACAGUCACGGUUUGGUACAGAUGAGAGAUUUCGUAUGGAUGCUCGCUUCCUUGAAAGUGAUAGUGAGCAAGAAGAUGAAUCCAAGAAUUUGAAAGUAGAUGAAGAAGAGCUAGCAUUAGAAAAAAAGAAGAAUCUUGACAUCUUAAAAAAUCUUCUGCAUAUUGAUGUAGAGCCUUGCAAACUGACUUCAAAUGCCAAGAAAUUCAAAGAUAUGAAUACUCUGCGCUACGACCCUACAAGGCAAGAUCAUGCAGUAUUUGAGAAAAAAACUGAAAACACUGAAAAAGAGAGUAAAGCAAAGAAAAAGAAGAAGAGAGAAGAAGCUCAGAAGCUGCCUGAUGUCUCUAAAGAAAUAUUCUAUGAAGUUGCUGCUGAUUUGAAAGAAGUCUUUGGAUCUACAAAACAUGAUGAGAAGACAGAAAUAAUAUCAUGGGACAAGCGUGAUGAUGUGGAACAGACAACCCUGGCUGAUACAGAGACACCCAGUUUGACUGCUGGAAACAACACACCUGAGGGAAAUAGUGGCUUCACAUUUUCCUUUUUUGGUGGUGAAGACAACAGGUCUCCUAUGAAAGAAGAGUCUUAUGCGAUUGAAACAAUAAAACGUUCAAAGGUUGCGUGGCAAGAAGAUCCACGAUUUCAGGACAGUACUUCAGAAGAUGAUGAGCCAGAAGGAUUUCAAAGUGAAGCUGUUAAAGAAGAUGUUAAAGAAAUGUCAGCUGUUCAACUGCAUUCAAAUGUCAGAUUUUUCUUCUUCUCCCAAGAUGAUGAUAGAUUAAAAGAAGGCCCAAAGCUCUUUUGUAAAGCCUCAGACCUUGAUGAAGACAGAGAUAACUGGGAAAGCAGGCGGCAGAUGUUACUUGAGGAUUGUCGAAAGAAACAUAAAGAUGCAAGAAGGAAAGUUAAAGCAAAACAAUUACAGUGGUGAUUCAGAACAAUGGACCUGUUUUCGUUUUGUGCCAGAAUAAUAAGUUCUUUCUCAUUAUUUCGGCAGCUGAUUUUGAUGCUGAACAUACCCAACUCUGUGAAAUAAGGAUAGGUUUGUAAUAGAAAACAUUUAAUGCUUCUGUGUGCAUUGCAUAUUAUGGA